UACAGUUGUUGCACUUCUAAGAAUAAUCUUUGUUUUUAUCAAACGUAAAACGUAGCAUGAGUAAAUAGAAAAUUAUAUGCUCUUGCGGCAAACAAACGACAAGUUUGCCUGAACUGAAGCUAUAAAAGUAUACCGUCGGCAACUGGCAGAUGUCCUAAUUUGAUAUAGCGUGAUAACAUUCCAUCAAUCGACCUAAGUCACCUGAAGCAUAUUCGUCGAUUACAACUGGCUGAAAUCUCGCUAAGCAUCCGUUUGGACAUCUAUGACAGCAACGUACCUCUUAAUUCCAUGUCCGAAAGUUAAUUUGGUUUGGACAUUCCGAAACAAUGGCGUCAAACUUUUCAGUGAAUCAUGGCUGAUAGUUUCUAAAGAAACUGUUUGGGGCUGCGUCGGUGGGGACAAUUGGUGUAUGCUCGAUGGGGAACGUGGCGUUCGAUAUCGUGAUUUUGUGUCUUACGAUCCACGGCGUAACAGCUGCACAAACACUCAGACGAUACCGGAGAGAAGAUUUAAAUUUGACAACUGUAAACACCAAGCAUGACGACAUCGCCCACUUCACGUGCUCAGUACGUGACCAGACAGCAGGCAUCACGUGGAAAAGGGAGAGAACGGAUUUAACAGAUGGCGAUCUUGGUGUAGCUGUGCUCGAAACGAAAAAUGGCAACAAUAAGGAAAGCCAUUUAUUUGUCGCUGUGACAGAUGAUGAUUUACGAGGAAAAUACGUGUGUAUAUCAAGAGAUAAACCUAACGAGGUGCUACAAACAUUUGUCAUUGAAAAGGACCCUGCUCGUGAGGGAAAACUGAGCCCUGAACAAUACUGGGCGAUCAUUUUGUCCAUUUCAAUUGCUUUUCUUCUCCUGGUGUUCAUAGCCUUUUUCCUGUGGCGCGGAAACCGGAGAAUCAAGAAAUUACAAAAAGAAGGGAAGGCGCAAAAAUCCAGAAAGAACCAUAGGGGAGCCGAGGAAAACCUUGCUGUAGAAGAGGAGCUUGUCGAGUUCAGAGGAUAUAGAGUCGAAGCUGAAGCCGAGAGAAAUGAGCAGAUAGCACCCGACAGUAGAAAUGAAAAUGCCAGAAAUAACAGCGCAGAAGACAAUCAAGAGGAUAAUACGACACAGGCUGUGAUUGAGUUGUCGGGGAGAAAAGGGAGAGAAGGCUGUACGCAGUUCUGAGAGAAUUUUUAUUUCUUUUCGAGUCGAAUAAUUAUUGACGCUUGGAUUAAUAUUAGACGGUCUGUGGUGGUCGUCUGAACUGACCAGUUCCGAGUAAGGAAAAAUUAACUUCGAAAAAAAUACAGAUUAUAUUGUGAACCAGCAAACUGAAAUUAACUGCAGACGCUAAUAGAGCAAAGAAGAAGCAAGGAGUUUUUUCUAAUUUUAUUUGGUGAAUAUAAUAUGACGGAUGUAUCACGCGGCCUCGGCUUGGUUGAAAACCGAUCGUGUUUCUAAACCCAGAGGAAUUUAAAAAAGGCAACAAACCGCACUUUAUAAUGUAUUGUAAUUUGGUUCAUUAACUAUGUUUGGUUAUAUCAACUAAGUUGAAGCGAAGGUUGCGCUCUGACGAAGGGCUAACGCUCGAAA